UCAUUUGUAUUGCAAUUUGCACCUGUCUAUCUCCUGUAGCUGUAACCUGUAAGUCUCUUUCAUCUCUCUGUUUCUGGGGCAAAUUAGCAAAUUUGGCACAAAACAGAGCAAUUGCUAGUGAGAGGAGCAGAGAAGCAGCAACUAAAACAAUGUCUGAGUAUUCUUUCUUGAAUGAUCAGCUGUCGAAACGUACCUCUAUCUUCGGUUUGCGGUUGUGGGUAGUUCUUGGAAUUUGUGUUGGAGCUGCCAUAGUUCUAGUUCUCUUCCUCAUCUCCCUCUGGUUCACUUCUAAACGCAACAAAGACAAGGAGAGUAACACCCUUAAGUCUUCUCAGAACCUCACCAUCCCCAACGUUUCCAAAGAAAUCCAGGAGAUUCGGAUCGACCAGUCUCGACUUGCAAACACGGAAUUGAAGCCUCACCAAGCUCCAAACCCUGAGCUGCUGCGGGAAUCAGAGCCAAUUUCUGUUCUUCAACAGGAAGAAGAGAACCCUGUUGCUGGGGGCAACAGAAUUCACAUUGAGAUAGGGAAGGAUCACCGAAUUUCUUAUCCGGAAAAGUCUGCUGGCUCGGGACAUGGGUCUGGAGAGGCGCGGUCUGGUGAACAGGGGGCGGGGAAGGCGGUUCCGGAAGUUUCGCAUUUGGGUUGGGGCCAUUGGUACACUCUGAGAGAGCUAGAAGAGGCAACUAAUGGGUUUGCCGACGAGAAUGUGAUUGGUGAAGGUGGGUAUGGGAUUGUUUACAGUGGCGUUUUGGAGGAUAACACUAAGGUUGCCGUCAAGAAUUUGCUUAAUAACCGGGGACAAGCUGAGAAGGAGUUUAAGGUUGAGGUUGAGGCCAUCGGACGUGUACGGCACAAAAAUUUGGUGAGGCUACUUGGUUAUUGCGCUGAAGGAGCUCAUAGGAUGCUUGUUUACGAGUUUGUUGACAAUGGAAAUUUAGAGCAGUGGCUUCAUGGGGAUGUCGGGCCUUGCAGCCCUCUUACAUGGGAAAUCCGAAUGAAUAUAAUUCUUGGAACUGCAAAAGGGUUGACAUACCUUCAUGAGGGGCUUGAGCCUAAGGUCGUCCACCGUGAUAUUAAGUCAAGCAACAUUUUGCUUGAUAAACAGUGGAAUUCUAAAGUAUCUGACUUUGGCCUAGCAAAGCUUUUGGGGUCAGAGAGGAGCUAUGUGACAACUCGUGUAAUGGGAACAUUUGGAUACGUGGCUCCAGAAUAUGCUAGCACUGGCAUGUUGAAUGAAAGAAGUGAUGUUUACAGCUUUGGCAUUCUUCUGAUGGAAAUAAUUUCUGGGAGAAACCCUGUUGAUUACAGCCGCCCUGCAGGAGAGGUGAACCUAGUUGAGUGGCUUAAAACAAUGGUUACCAACCGGAAUGCAGAGGGAGUUUUGGAUCCUAGAUUGCCAGAGAAGCCUUCUAUAAGGGCACUGAAACGUGCUCUUUUAGUUGCUUUACGCUGUGUGGAUCCAAAUGCUCAAAAGAGACCUAAGAUGGGACAUGUAAUACAUAUGCUUGAAGCUGAAGAGUUUCCCUUCCGAGAUGUAAGUUCUCAUUUAUGUAUGCACCUUACAUUAACAGCUUUGUUGCUUCUGUUCUGGUAUUACUCUUUUGGAAUCAUUAUGUUGACAUGCUUAUAAUUGUUAGAAGUUCAUGUGGGAACACAUGCAUUUCCAAACAAACUUGCUCUGCUGAUUUUUUGGUUCUUGAUAUGAUGAUUGGUUGCAGUAAUCAACUUAACAAUGAUUGGGGUAGCAAAAAUGUGCUCUCCCCAUAUUUUUUCACUCCAAAUUCUGUGGUCUUGAAGAUAAAAAAUAAAGUACACUAGCACAG